CGAGUCGUGUAGAGUAGUUGCGUUCUGUUUUGAAACCAUUCAGUUUAGUUGUGCUGCAUGCACUCACACUGCGCUCCGUUUGUUCGCCCGCCGCUCGCUCGCUCGCUCACUCACUUGACAUCAACUACUUCUGCUCAGUGUGUGCUCCUAGUCUACAUUUUAAAGAAUAAUAUUAAAAAAAAAAUUAUUAAAAAAAAAAUUAAUAACGCACGUACCAACUACUAUAAUGCCGCGGAGCUUAAUGGAAGAAUAAAAGCAGACAAACACACACAUGCACAGAAACAAACAUAACACAAACUAAAUGAUUUUGAUUUUUUCUGUUGCUCUAUUGUUUUAAACACAUAAUUGAAUGACGUACCAACUAACAUAACAAAUUGAACGAGGUUUGAAAAGUGUUUUUUUUUCUUAUUUGUUUGCCACUUGUACGAAAUUUCACAGUAUUUUUCUUGACUAAAGAGAAAGUAAAAAAAAAUUGUAAAACAAAAAUAAAUACCUACCUAUAAAAAAAUUGAGUAAAUAUAGAAAAAAAUCAUUUCGAUUCGUUAUCAAUCAGUAACAGUGACCGUGAAAGUGCGAUAUAUCGUCGUGGUCGUCGAUGGUUUUAUGAUUGUAAAGUGUGUUUUGUAUUAGAAGAAUAUGACGACAAUAUUUUGAAUAUUGAUUUUAUAUUUUUGUGUGUUUCUUCCCCCCGGAACAAAUAAAGCUUAUCACAAAAAAUAUGUAAAUCAUUUUGACUUGAGGAAAAGUGCCAACACAAGAAGUCAACUUUUCUGAAACGACUUUAAACGAAUGAAUUAAAGAAAAAAAAUUAAACGAAAAAAUACGACAUUUACACGAGAUAAAUAAUUUUAAGGCGUACCUACAGUAAAAAAAAUAUUAACCUAACCAACCACACACAAACUAAAAGAAAUCAACAGUUAUUUGCUUCAAAUAAAUCUAAAAGAAUUAAAACUCAAAGCAAAAGUGGAACUUUAACUUGGAGGAUUCAGUUUGUCAAAUACUGAAUGAAAGACAAGCCAUAGAUAUAUGAGAGGACAACAACAACAACAAAAGCAAAAUCCACAAACAAUUUGGGGCUAGAAAAUAAACGCAAAGAAAAUCAAAUCUUAAUUUUUAAAUUAAGAGCCAACAAAAACAAGAAAAACGAGCAAAAUGGUUAAUUAAAAAAUUAAAAGAAAACACCAACAGCAAAAAUUUGCAUUGCAAACAAUGCAAAAAUCACACAAGAACAACCACAACAGCAACAAUACCACCACACCAUUCUAGAAAAACAAACAUAGCACAGCAACAACUGAAAACGCAGACAACAACAACAACAACAACAUAAAGAUAAAUUCGAUUGCAACAUUGUAUUAAGUUUUCACCUACAUAACAACAAGAAUCCAGACAAAGCUAGACCAGCUCACCCAAGCCAGAGGAAUAGAAUAACACUUAAUGGUGUUUUAAUAGCCAACAAGUUUAUCUCCCCCCCCGCCUAGUUAAUUAAUUGAUUUCUGAAGUGAAACCAGAGAUUUUGUCAACAAUUUUUCUGUCUAGCUGAGGCCAUUGCACCAACAAGCAGCAUCCUCCGUCACCACUACUGCUACUACAUCAUAAAAGUCGUGGCUUUAUUAAUUGUGCUGGGAAUAAGUUUCUGUUGAGGACACACCAGCAAUGCUCGUGGUCAAGAUACACAUCCAGGCCAUAAGCACAUAACGUUAGAUGUUGUUGUUGUUUCCUUAAAGUUUUCGGUUGAAUUUUUUAAUUUUGUGUUACCACAAUUUUGGUUUGGAUAUUUUUUUCCUAGCGAAGAAGCAGCAAGCAGUCAUACAACCAGUCAAUUUAGCCUCCAGUUUAUUCUAAAAGGCGGUGCAAGCAGAUAGGCUUAACCAAAAGGGGAAAUCCCACAACUUGAACCAAGGAAUAAACGACGAACACAGAUUGCUAAAGGGCGGCUUAUAUACACAAACAGCAACAGUUUGUCAUUAUAUGUAUGUGAGAAAAAAUGUUGCCGCAUAAACUAGAAUAUAUUGGGAAAAAUGAUUCGCUGAACAUGGAAACGUUUUGGGAAGCUGCUUUGUACUCCGUUGCUGCCUCUGCCGCCGCCGCUGCUGUUGUUUCAGCUGAAAGGACUGUCGCUGCUGCUGUUGUUGAUACUGUUUGCCAAGCAUACAAGGCCCACUUGCUGCCACCAAGUGUUGCAAUAGCUACUCACAGUGUUGCUGCAAACUUUGCUCACACCACAACAUAUGACGAUCAACAAUAAAUCAAUCGAAAGAAAACAAAAAACAAAGAACGCCAAAAUCCAAUCCAAAAUCCAACAACAACAACAAUUAAGAAGAACAUCAUUCUGAUACGCAAGAUUUUAGAAGAAAAUCCUUACAGCAACAACAAAAAAGCGUUAAUCAAUAAUAAUAAUUAAAAUAUAGGCAAAACAAAAAAAACGAGAAGUCACCUUUAACUCAACCAAAAAGCCAAAACAACAAAAAAUUAUAUCACCUUUAAAACACCCCUUCCCCUACACGAGUAAAACCAUCACUGGUUCACAAGUAAUUGUAUAUUUUUUUUUGCUCGCACAAGUAAGUGAGAAAAUCGAAGGCCGCAUUUCUCUACAUCCCAUUAAAAUUAUUCGGGUAGUAAAGUAUAGAAGCUUGCAGUCUCAAGAAGCAGCCAACGAAGAUUAUCUAGCUGUGCAGUUUCAAAAAAGUCAAUCAGUCAGUCUGUCUGUCAGCCCAUUGUGGACAAAAUCAUUUUUAGACCCUUCAGCUACAGAGAUCAUAUGAUUUUGUUGUAUUCACAAGGACUUGGACAAUUUGUUGGCAUACCAACAUCACCCUCACUACUUGGCAGAGAAAAGCAGGAUAAUCCAAUACAGCAAUUUCAGCAAAAUUCUUGUCAAAAGAACAGGUAUGAAGUAUCCUCAACUAGUAUCGCCUCGUGCCGUGAACGCCAUCUCUGAUUGGUUAGUAUCACGUUUGGAGCAAUUAGGCGUCGAAUCACCCCAGAUCUAUACAAGACUUCUACUAUCUCUCUUACAAUCGUCAGUUCAAGUAAACGAUCCAAUUGAAUUCAGCAACUUGGAAGCAUUUAUCGCUAAUUACAAAGGUGGGCAUAGCAAACGUUUUCAUUUACCCUCCGAUACGGAGACUCUAAAAAAAUUAAAUGCUGUUCAGUGUUUAAGGGAGAUUGUGUCGACCGAACAAGAGACCGCUGCUAUUGAAAGACUAGUCGAUGAACUGUGUGAAAAAUUAAAGGAUAUUGAGAAACGUAGUCAAGAACUUAAUGAUGAGGAACGCUUUCUAAUCGACACCAAUUUGAACAUUGAAUCACUACCAACGACCAGUGAGGGCAAUAGCCAUCAAUUAACGCAAGAGCAGGACCCAAAGCAGCAGCAGCAGUCCUCAGUGAUUGGUUUUGAUCAACAGCAUCAUUUUUGCCAACAGCAUAUUUUGCCCGCGUCGUCUUCGCAGGUUGCCGCUUCGAUUGCCAUACACUCUCGUCGUCUAGUGCCACCAAGUAAUGAAAAUGUUUUAAACGACAGCGACAACGAUCCCAAGAAACGCUAUUUCCGUGCCUUUCCUGCAUUGUCGAAGGAAAUGGAAGAUUCCUUCCGCAUAUGGCGUCGUAAUGCAAAAUCUUUAACUUGGCCAGUUGUGGGACGUGCUUCUUCUUCAAUUAUUGGUGACACUGUUCGUGUCCACAAAUCCAUAGACUCCAGUAGCGGUAAUUUAUACGCCGAAAGCCGUAGCGCAUGCGAGAAAGGCAUUGAAAAGAGAUUGAAGGCGGCUAGUGGUGGAGGUGUUGUCGAUCCUGUGGAGGGUUUUCAAACACAUAAAAUAAGGCCAGAGGUUGGCGCAGGAGAUAUUAGUAGUGGCAGUGUGGUGGCAGUGGAUGCCAUUGGUGGCGAAGUUCAAGGAGCAGCGGCAAGUGCAAAAAAGAAAUCUAAACGUCGCCGUAAUCAAGCUUUGUGCAAGGGUAAGCCCAUCCAGAGUAUACGCAAUAAAGCCCCAGCUGGUGGCAGCAAUUCUAAUACGUGUGGCUCAGCCAGUGUGGCAACGGCUGGUGGCGGUGGUGGUAAAUUCUAUAGUCAACACCAAAAUUAUCGCAACACUACCCCAGCUUGGGACACUGAUUUCAAAGGGUGCUGGGAAAUGGGGCCGGAUCUGAUUAAGGAGUUUUUGGCCCGCCAAAAGGGAGCCACUAAACGCAGUCGCAGCAACUCCGAUAGCUUGGAUCAAGAGAUGCGUAACGAAUAUAAGAUGCUUAAUGAAAUGCCCAAGGAUGAUGAAUUGCUUGGCGGUAUAGAACGACCUUUGAUGAAGCGCUACAUAGAUCUAACUUUUUGUUGUGGUGAGGACGAUGAACGCGCUAACUAUGAAGUGUUGGAGGACGGUGUUGAUUAUGUUGAUGAGGACUAUGAUGAUGAGAACACUUUGGCUUCCAUAGAAGAGCUGACGGCCAGUGGUGUUGGUGGCGGCAAUGGCAAUGCUCGACGUUUGUAUCAGCGUGAGGGUAAAUUGCAGAAACCUCUGGUGAUUUGCAACCCCAUAGAAGAGAAUGACAUUUUUGAAGAGACCUCGGACUCGGUGGACAAUUUAGAUUUUGCCAAUUUCAAGGCCAAAUUCAACAGCAGCGUUGAGGCUUUGUGGAAAGAUGCAGAGCCGCCUAUGACAAACAACUCGACAGCCAACUCUAGUGCUUACGGUCAGGUUGAGAGUGGUGUUGCCGCUGCUGCUGCUGCUGCCAAAGCCAACACAAUUGGAAUUUCUUCGGCUUUUUAUGCCACCACCUCGCUAAAUGCUUUGGCUCCAUUCAAACAGGAUUUGUGGAACUUCUGGUCCAACUACAAUCAACAUCACUACGACCAGAUGACGAAAUUCUCCAACACCACUUCAACCGCAUCGUCCAUGACGAUGCCGACAACGACAACACGUUUAGAUGAUAGUAGCGCUAGUUCUGGCGCUGGCGCCGAUAUUGCAAAUUCAAGUGAUUACUUCUCAAUGCCCAGUAAUUUGGAUGAUUUCGACAAGUCUGUGGGUGCAAUGCGUCGCGUAAAUGAAGCUGGUGCUUCCAUGGGUGCCCACACACCCUCGAUAAGUGUAUUCUUGCAGAAUUCCAUUUGGUCCUCAUCGGGUGAUUGUGUUGAUGCUGUUGGUGCUGCCGCUGCCGCAGAGACGGAUGAAAGCUUCCUCUACAAAGUGUGGCACUCGAAUAAGAAAUUAAGUCAAUUGGAUGUGGGGAAAAAUAAAAACGAAAAGAUGGCUCACAUGGGAAUGACUGAAGGAGAUAAUGGUGGAAAUCGUGGCUAUAAUAAGGCUAAAGAAGCCGUAGGUAACUUGGAAUCAGGAGGUGGUGCUAAAUUGGAAUUUCCUCCUUACAGUAGUUUGAAGUGGUCGGAAGGAAUCAAUGCCGGGCCAGCUUAUAAUAAUUUGCGCUCUCACAUGGCAGCAGCCCAUACCGACUUGGAGAGCCUAAACAAAAAUGAUGGCAAAAUUGUUAGUUUUAAUUCUGCUGCGGGCACAGUAACAGGUGCCACCUGGGAAGCCCCGGCCUUUGGGGAAAACUCACAACCUGACCUCAAGUCUUGGUGCGCCUCCAAUCCCAUGUCCCUGACCGAAAUGUAUGGCAGCGAUGUUUGCGAUAGCAUAACUGAAGAAAAUGAGCCGCUGGAAACUGGGGCUAUGGAAACUUCGGUCACAUUGCCCAAUCACUGCUCUGCCACCAGUGGUUUCAUAGCCUAUUCUCGCGUUAAACAAUGCGGCCUCAUUCAACCCCAAAGUAAGCCCUUGCAGCUUCAAAGUGCCAAUGCUGCUGCUGCUGCUGCUGCUCACCUCUCCAAUGACUACUUUCGUGGGGGUGAAGAGGAGAACCUUUUGACUUCGGAGCGCACACAUUUUAAUCCCAUCGAGACCUAUGUGGAUGGUCACACUUUCAAUAUUAGCAGUGCUCUUGAUUCGGUGGACUUUGAACGCAGUGCCAGCGGAUUUUUGUGCUAUGAUUCCAAUGAAUAUUUGGAAUAUACUCGCAACGACAUCUAUUUGGCCGACGAGGAGGUGGCCAAUACGAAUUUGAUGAAUUUCUCGGCCACCGCUUCGUCUCAGAUCACUGAUGGCCGCGUACAUGUUGCCAAAGAAAAACCGGAGUGCAGGGAAAUGUUUGUGCUGAAGUUUCGCCUUAGGCGAUCGGGAGAGAUAGCUUGUCAAACGGAGGAAAUCGACUUUCAAUUAGCCGCCGCCAAAAUGGCCAACGAUCAGCUGCCACCCAUUGAGAGCAUGGUGGAAGUGCCUAUGUUUUCCCAUACCUCGUUGACUCUGAGCCGACAGGCCAACAAUGAAGCCAUUAUGGCGGCCGUUACCAAAGCCGUGGCUGCCGCAGCCAAAGCGGCAGCUGAACAGGGUCUGAAUGCAGGUCAUAGUUCCCUCGCUUGGAUACCCGCCACUCGCAACGAUUGCACUCAGUCCUGGGUGCAGGAUGUCUCGCUCUGUGAUGAAGUAGAUUUUUGCAGAGCCACAGCCUCUGCCGAACAAUUGAGCCAAUUUUGGUCCAUGCAAGAGGUGGAAAAGCAAUGCCAUCAACGCCGUUUGCCAGCCAGUGCUUUUCAGCGCUCCGAUCUGGAGAGAACGGAUGACAACUCCAUGGAUAACUCCUCGCAUACCCUGUGGGGCAUGUGUGCUGUAUGCAAUAGUUGUGAUUACGGCAAGUCUUUGCCAGCGAAUCGUCUGCUGCGAGAUGAAUUGCAACGGGAAGCCGAUGAAAUAAUGAGUGAUUUGCGUUAUAUGCAAGAUCUGUAUAUAGGUGAAGCCGAUUCGGUAGCAGAUACGGUUAUGGCCCAUGAAGUGGAGGGCGAUAGGAAUAGUGAAAUUUUGAAGAAUAUAGACAAUGAAAGGGAACAUCAUCAUCAUAAGCAGCAGCAGCAGCAGCCGAAUGAAGCAUCAGCUGCUGCUGUUGUAGAUCAAGCACAGGCCUCAAUGUUGUUGAAGGUUAACCAGUUGAUAGAGGAUUUACUUAGGCCCGAGGGAAAAACGGCAAAGCUCUUCAAGGCAAAAUUCGAAGAAAAGCCGGAGACGGAGACACCAGAGAAAUUGCCUGUGGCUGACUGGGCCAUGAAUAUGGACGAUGAUGCUGUAGACAAUUCAAGUUCAUGGCAUUUUGGUGGCAGUGGCAGAGCAGACACUGCCGAUGGCCAUGCCAACUUAAGCAACAUUUGGCAACAUGAACCGAUUGACCAGAACAACACUGAGGCCGAACGAAAACUUGUCUGUAUGAAACCCAUGAAACUAUUGCGCCAAGUAGGAGGUUCCCUCAACGAAGAGGACUUGUAUGUGGAUAAUUUAAAUUGGGAACAUGAAAAUCUGGCCAAGAUAUGGCAAAGGGAUACGAUGCCCAGCGCUGACACAACUUCUUCCCCAAAUGCUGCAAAAGCAGAGCAUAAAUUGGCCCAAAGUGAGGAAAACCUGGAGGAUAAUCGGAAUAUUGUAGAGCAAAAGAAUUUAAAAAAUCUACAAAAUAAUGCCACACAUACACCACCCACAGUUUCUUCAAGUAGCAAUAGCAACAGCAAUAGUGCCGCCGUGACAUACAAAAGGGUGCAACAUUUUCUGAAUAGUUCGGCGGCCAAGUUAAAAUUGGCGGCAAAUCGCAAGAGGCGUCAUUCGGCUUCGCAAAAUUUCUAUCAUCAUCAAAACCAGCAGCAAGUGCAGUCGCAGCAAGAGCAAAAUUUUCAGUUUGGCCACAGCAAUAGCAACAAUAACAACAAUAACAACAACAGCAGCAGUGCCAGUCACAAUUCUAAUCAAAUCAGCAGCAAUAACAACAACAAUAAUGUCAACAUAACCGAUUUAAAUCGCUACAAAAAGACAAACGAAGAGGAGCUAGCACUAUCUCUUGAGCCCAAGCAAACAAUUAUCACCUGCAAAUAUUGGACCACCACUACGAAUGGCACCCAGGCCUCCAUGGAUUCCGCUGCGGCAGCCAUGAUGCUUUUGGCUGCCGCUGCAAACAAAUCCAACGUUGGCGGCGGCAGCGGCGGAGGCAUUAUGGCAACCACCAACACCACAACGACCACCUCAAACACUUACGAAGAUACUAACGAUGAAGGCAUCAUGUUGGAGGAUAAUACAUUUGGUAAUACCUUUUCUUGUCUUAUCGAUAAAAAUGCUUCUAUACUGAAACAUGUAAUGAUGACACGACCCCUAACACGCUAAACAAUAAUACAAAAAAAAAAAUGCAAAUGUAAAUGCAAACCAUAUUCUGAAACUCCCAAAGUCCCCAAAAGAGAAACAAAAGCUACAAACUUAAGCGGCCUAUGGAAAGAGAAAUAGAAAAAAAGAGAGAGAGGGGGCAGCCAAACUCAGAAUCCAAUAUGAUGCCAUAAGCCAAGCCCUUAAAUUGGCAUGUUGUAGGGAGGUCAAUUUUUGAGCAAAGAAUCCAAAUCCAAAUCAUGUUUUAUAUUCCUACUAAAACUUUCUACUAUAAGAGCCCCCUCUCUACAAUAGCCGCUUGUUAUAAACUCUUAAAAAAUUUUAAAAAAUUCAAAAAAGCCAAAAAAAUAACAAUUGUGGAGUACAAUGUACUUGUGAACAAUGUAAAAAUCCCCACCCCGCCCUCAGCGCCCCAGCUCCCUUCAAAAUCAACAUAGAAAAACAGAAAAUUUUACUUCAAAUGUUCAGCUCAUAAAUAUUUUUCUAAAAAAAAGCUACAAAAAAAACAAUACUUUAGGUUUUUCAUAACACUCUCUUACAAGCAUCCCCCUCCCCACACAAACAUGUAUAUUGAAACUUUUCUAAUCUGUUUUGUUUUUCUUUUUUUUUGUUUAAUGUUAUAAAUUUUCUCUGUAUAAAAAAAUUCACAGUAAAUAGUAACUUUUUCUUUUUUGUUGUUCUAAAGAAGAAAUAUUUACUCUUUUUUAUCUCUUACAACAUACCCAUAUACAUAUACCUACUAUUAUUAUUUGAUGUACCAUACAUAUACUAUUAUUAUAUGCGGCUUAUUUUCUUGUAAUUUCGUAAUUUAUAACAGAUUUAUAAAAUUUGUUUUCUCUAUUUUCCCCCUCCUCCAAAAACCACUCUAUUGUCCCUUGAAAAGAAAAAAAAACUCAAAAAAAAAACAUGUUAGGUUGAAAAAAAUUUUUUUUUUAAAUAAUUUUUGUUGUUAAGAUAACUGAAAUGGAAAUUUUGCAAAGAAAAACUAAAUGUUUUGUUCACAAUUUUCACAACAAUAAAAGAAAAGGAAACAAACAAAAGCAAAAUAAAAAAUAUCAUGUGUAAAGUUUGAAAUUUUUUGAAAAAAACGGAACCCCCCCAAAAAAAGCAAUUUCACCUAAACACACUCACACCUACACAACAGCAAAACUCAAACAAAGAAAACAUCAUCAUCCUGAAGUAAAAUAAAGGAUUAAUAAAAAAAAAAUCAUAAAAAAAUCAAAAUUAAA